AUGACAAAUUUUAGGGGGGUUCAUGUUGUGGAAAGGGGAAGGGGUUUGGAGUGGGACAUGGUGAGAGAAAACGAAAACAAUGUUCCGAAACUGAGAAUCGAACUUGGGGCUAUGCCUUGCCUCUCAGCUUUCCAAUCCUCCGGAGCAUCAGAUCCAGAUUUUGGCACCACGCCCGAUUGUGCAACGUGUGGUCUCACUGCAGAGCAAAAAAGUCAGGGGCAGCUCAAGGCAUUUACAUAUAAUAUCUCGUCUUACUAA